AUGGCUGUUGUCACGACGCCGUCCUCCAGCGGUAUCGAGUUCGCCGACACUGGCCACUACCUCAUCACAUGCGCCAUCUUCUACAAGAUGUUCCAGAAGGUGGGACACGUGAAAAAGGAGUCCGAACGCCUUGAACGGUCGCGACGAGCCAACAGCCUGACCAAAGGCUUCUCCGAGUGCCACAGGUCUCACAAAGGUCUCUUCGUCGGCCUCCUCCUCUUCAUGGCCACGCUGGUCACCACCUCGCUUUUCCUCAUCUUCUACGCACGUCGCCGAGAGCGUCGUCUCGCCAUCACGCUCUAUCAGUGCACGGAACUCGUGCUUCUUGGCGUCAGCACAUUCACCUGCUUCGCCGCCACACUCCGGCUUCGGAUACUCAAGUUCUGCGACCUCUCAGAGGAGGGCGCCUUCGACGACAACCUCCUACUUAUCGGCCUACUCGGCAUGCUCUUCUACAACAUUUUCAUUCUGGUGCCCGCCCUCGGGGCUCUGCCAAGCGAGGAGGUGGCGGCUUACCUAUUCGUUGCUAAGGCCCUGUUGGAGAUGUUCCAGUCCAUGUUGCAGGUGGUACCUGACGAUUUAUUCCUUUUCCCUUGGUUUGCUCAUCCUAUCCUGCCAAAACACGCACCCAGACUCAUAUGCCUUGUCCCAUAA